AUGCCGCCCCCGCCGCGGCCCCGGCCCCAGGGCCCUAGCGCCACCGCACCACCAUCGCCGUCGUCCCCGGCUAAGCCCGCCGCCGCCGCCGUCGACAUGGACGUGGUGCUCGGGCUGAUGGGCGCGGGCGGCGACGGCGCGGUGUCCGUCGGGUUCGAGGAGGCGGCCGCGCUGUUCGAGGAGGAAGAGGCGACCGUGGAGGAGGCCCGGGAGGCGUUCGCGGUCUUCGACCGCAACGGCGACGGGUUCAUCGACGCCGCGGAGCUCCGGAGCGUGCUCACGUCGCUCGGGUUCCAGGCCGGCGUCGCCGAAGCGGGGUGCCAGCGCAUGAUCGAUGCGUAUGACGGGGACAAGGAUGGCAGGAUCGACUUCCUCGAGUUCGUCAAGCUCAUGGAGACGAGCCACUGA